UUACUAACAUGGCUGCGCACAACCAUGAGCGGUUUUGAACACGUAAAUUAAUAUUUUUAACGUUCAGUCGUUAUAUUAAGUGUCACUGUGACAUAUCGCAUUCGAGACGAUUACAAGCAAUGUGGGGAUGUUUGCUGAGUUAAAUUCUGUGUUGGAUAUUCAUCAAAACUGUUCGCUUGAUGGGAAAUUUAUUCUCGUAACUGAUAACCAAGUUGACGGAAACUUCAUCGUGUCGCAUUUUCUGUCCCUUUACCUGAAACGGAACAACUCCGUCUGUUUCCUUGCCUUUUCUCAAUCAUUUAAUCAUUACAACAACAUCGGAUUAAAGCUCGGUAUCAAUUGCACUCGUAGCCGAGAACAAAAACAACUCGUUUUUAUUGACGGAUUAAAAGCGUGUUUGGAAAGCUUUGUGCCUACUCGCAGUGAUAGGACGAGUUCAACGGAUUGUCGAAAUAAAUCGGACUGUGCGUUUAAUUUUGUUUCGGAAGUCACCAGCUCUCCUUUGAGAAAUUUGUUCAUCCUCGUGAAAGAACAACUCGGUAUCCUGGCAUCACGUAAUUGCCCGACUGUACUUAUAAUUGAUGAUGUUGAACCCUUGUUAGAUCUUGGUCUCUCGGCAGCAGACGUUGUAGACUUUCUAAAUUACAUAAGUGUUUAUUUGAAAGUUCCAUGUCAGACAUCCACCAAUUGUUUACUGGUGCGCACACACCAUGAUACUGAUAUUGAUGAUGAGAGGUGUAAUAUUGUUUGGACACACUGCGUACAUAAGUCAAAUUUAAGUAUUUGUGCAUCCGGUCUUGCAUCAGGGUUCUCCAAAGACGUUCAUGGACAGAUUGAUAUAAAGUGGAAGGAUAUCGACGGAGAAAUCGAGAAAGAAGAAUCUAGACAGUUCAAAGUUGAAGAAAAUUCGCUUCGGCUUUUUGCUAUAGGAACAUCAGCAGCGGUCCUAUAAAAAAACUCGAAUGCUUAGAUCUCAAAUGAUCAUGUCGGCAAUCAAUCAAUUCUAGUACGCUAGAAAACUAAUCUAAUACUAGAAAGCAAACUGUACGUU